UGUGUCGUAGCUUUUUGGGCAGCAAAAGCUCCGUGCCGUGUCCUUGGUGGGUGGUCUCUCUCACAGCAGUAGUGUGCCAGUGUGAUGUUGGGAAAAUGCCCCGUGACGUCAAUGUUGAUUGCGACAAUUGCAUGAAUUAUAGAUAAAUAGACUCGUGUGACAUACAAAAGUGACUACACACGGGGGUGGCUGACGGUUACUUCUCCCCUCGCACCGUGUAACCCCCGCGUUGUCGUGGACCAGAGUGGAGAGUGCUUUUCGGAGGGGGGUGUGCUUUUUGGUGUAUUUGUGUGCUAUAUAUGUGGUGACUGUUGGAAUUUUCUCUCCCCCAAAACACAUCAUUGGAAUUUUCAUGUGAAUUUCAAGCACACUCGUGCUGACCUCGACUUGAUGGGUGUUAAAACAGCAACUGCAAAGAUGGAUAAACUCUGGAAUUUUUCCCUGACAUUCCUUCUUGUGUUGCUGCUCCGAAUACAACUGGGACAUGCUUGCCGAACGUCUGAGUUCGCGUGUCAUGGACCCAACGGAUUGUGCCUGCCACUCGACAAAUACUGCGACGGCAAGGACGACUGUGGGGACGGCAGUGACGAGCCAAAGUUUUGCACUGUGUGCAAUCGCACCUUGUACGGCGAUGUGGGUCGAACGUACGCACUUCGUGUGCCCCCGCCCCAGUGGAGCCGAUUGCCAUUUCUCUGUCAUCUCACCUUUACGGCGUCGGGUCACGAUCAAGGUGAUAUAGUUCAGAUAAUCUUCGAUGGUUUCUCCGUGGGACGCUUUGACGAGGGUCUCGUGGAUGGGGAUGGUGACACAGUGGAAAGUAACCUCAGUCCAUCGGGAGAGCUUCCAGGAUGCCCUGAGGGAUUUAUGCAGCUCAGCGAACUUGGGCGUCCUUUUACAGGCGGUUCAUGGUGUGGUUCAGCAUCAGGACACCAACUCUAUUACAGUGAAACAGCAACAGUCACAAUAACAGUCAAGGUAUUUCACCCUCCGGUGCAGGGAAGCAAUCCAUUUGAAUUUCGUAUUCGAUACAAAUUCAUUAGUCAAUCGGAUGCCAUUGUUCGAUAUGGGGCACCGAGUGAACUUUUGGAACUUGGUCAGGUCACACCAGGGACGUACUGUACGCGCCAAUUUGAUGAGUGCUACAGGAAAAAAUGCCGCCUCCAGAGCCCCAAUUAUCCAGGAAUGUACCCAAGGAAUGUGACAUGCUACUGGACAAUUAGGCAGAAGACUGUUCCAACAUGCAAACACGCCAUGAUUGGCGUCAGUCAGGAGAGUGAACACAAGGCACUUGUUAAGAGGUCAAUAGCGAGCUUAAAUAAGACAUCACGGUCAGUGAGAGCAUGGUCUGACUGCACAGGAGAGAGGGAUCAUUUGAUAUUUUACGAUGGCAGCUCGACGAAUGACCCAGUUCUAGCCAAAUACUGCGGAGGCGACUGGCUUCCUCGCGUCGUGUCACGGGGAUCAGAGAUGCUGGUUGCCUUCCAUUCCAGCCCCUUUUCGGCACCCCUUCAAACCUCCACCCCAAAUAGGGGUUUUGAAUUGGACGUGGACAUCCUGUAUACAGAUUCAGAUUCCUACGACUAUGCCAGAGGGGAGCGCACCUGUGAAUUUCAUGUCAAUGCAUCCAAUCCAGAUGAUGUUUUAAUGUCGCGCCGUGGAAGAUUGGGACGAAUCCUGAGUCCUCGUCAUACACUACCACCCAAUACAACGUGCACCUACUACUUCCAUGGCUACCCCACGGAUCUCGUGUGGAUUUACUUCACCAGCUACCACCUACAAAUCCUCCAGCCACCCGUGAUAGACAACACAACAUUUGGUCAGACGGACGUGCCACCAUGGAUAAUUCGCUUUCGUGUAUGGGACAGCUCAAUCACUGCCACGUCCGGUCGAGUAACACCAUCCGGAGGCACUGUAAGCACCUCAACUGUACCCCCAAAUUUACGUCCCUUCCACCCAACAGUGAACAGUAGUGUAACUGGGAACUACUACUACUACCCUUCGGGGCAGCAACCACCCCCAAAUGAGCGACCUGUGAAUGUGGACAAUGCCUGGAAUCCGGUGGAGAAUUACAUUUACGGACCCACCCGAAGUAGUGUCUUCAAUCACAACAAUCCCUAUGGGGGCGGAAGUGUUGUCCCCACCCCGGCACCACCGCCACAGAAUCGCUACGAUAAGCUAAACAAUGGGUUGUCCAACAUCAAAGAAACGUUCAAUUACAUUGCCAACACCAAGUACACCCAAAAUCAAUACUCAGGCGCUCAACUGAGCAAUAUAAUCCAACAAAGGAAUCCCGAAACUAACACGAUCAUCUCCCUGGAUCACUAUCUCAGUUAUGCCAGUUCCAGUGGUAGCCGGAAGCACGGUGUAAAUCGAUCAGGUCAUCAGGAGAAAAAUCCCCCUGGCGGCCGGAAGCUCCUUCUUGAGAUAUUUGACAACGAAACCCCCAAACUCUGUGACCAUACGGGUCUCAAGGAAGCCAGUGGUACUGUGUCCAAGACGAGACCAUGCACUCCACUCGAGAGCUAUGUCAGCGCCGGAAAUGACUUGAAAAUCGAAUUCCACACCCAAACAGGCACAGCUCUUUUCCCCGCUACAUUUGCAAUGCAAUAUGAAUUUGUUGAUACGAAUUUGGGUGGAGAUAUUUGGCAGGGACGUCGCGGGGAGGAGACCCCCAUUCCACCGCUGUGUUCACGUGUCUUCCGGAAGCGUCGCGGAGACUUCCAGUCACCUCGCAAUGUCUUCCUGCACGGACGCGGUGGUGCGCGCAAUCUCACCUGCCUGUACCGCUUUGAGGCUGGCCUGGGGGAAAGGAUUCGCAUUAAUCUGCACAAUGUCUCCUUUGGUGAUUCCACAACGUGCAUUACGGAAGCUGACGCCCACACGGGUCGACCACGAUGUGUAGCACUGGAAAAUGAUGCUGAUGGUCGUAUUGGGGAGCUGAAAAUAUUCGAUGUUCCCUACAAGGAUGUACGGAUACCGCUGGGGUGCUUUUGCGACAACACAAGCAGCAUCUACAAUACACCGCUGUCGUUCCAAUCAAACGCCCGCACGCUGGAGAUCUCAUUCGUCGUUACCCACUUGAAUGUUUCAGAGGACUUUGGGGAUGUCUACUUCCAUGCAUCGUAUGAAAUUGUGCGUAUACCUGAGUGCCGGAAGCGACUGCGACUGAAGGGAGCCGGUGGUGAGGAUGAACUGGAGUAUCCACUGAGAUCGCAUGAGAUCACGUGUGAAGGGCAACCGUGGUACAUUGAAGCUCAACUGCCGGAGAGGAGUCUCUUUGUCCUCACAUGGGGCACCUUCUUGCCCAUUGAGCCUAAUCAAGAGGAGAUUCUGCGCUGCAACACGAGGAAUCGUCUCAUAAUCUACUCCGGACGACCUCUCAAAGUUAUGCGAGUAAUCUGCCCUACUGAUCAGGGCAACAAAGCUUCAGCCCUGCAUAUUUUCUCCGAAGACUGGCUCAACUUGCAACCACUUCUCUACGGUUCUAAACCUGCGAGCAUGGUACUGGAGCCAGUUUUCAAGGAACCAGGAAAUUUAGCUUUCUCAUGGCUGGAAAUUCAGAGGACAAAAGCUUCUCUCAUCCAGCAGCUCGAUCUCCAAACAAAUUUCACUGCCAAUGAGACCCUUGGGGAGUUUGGGUUCUUCCCACGACACGCCGAAUGUGAGCACAAGUGUCCUGAACUCGAUGCCUGCAUCGGAAGCAAUCUGUGGUGCGAUGGAACAGUAAACUGUCCAUCGGGAUAUGAUGAAUCAGAGGAAGAAUGUGGCACAGCCCGGAAGCUCUUGGAACUACCAGGUGGAAUAUUUGCAGCACUUGGAUGCAUUGCUGCUGCCGUUGCUGCAUGCUUCAUCUUCUGCAUCUUCGGUUUGGUGCGCAAACGGAAAAAGGGCAUCGAUGCGAAACCCACACUCAAUGGUACCCUGCGCAAGGACUUCAAGAAGAGUGAUCUCUUCAUGGAUCCUGGCUCCUGACACGGACUUCAACCGGUCGAAUACAUCCAUGUCGACCGUGAGACCACCGUGUGACCCCUCUUCUACCAUCAGGAUCACUUUCUACCGUAAAUUGGUGCCGAGCAAUCCGUAAUUAUAAAAACAAAACUGAAGGUAUUAUGUAUGAUAUAAACUUGAAGAAAAAAUACUAUAUAGGGGAUGAAAGGACAAAAAACCCGAGAAUUGAAUAUUGUUGUGAUAGCUAAGCAAAACACAUUCAAUGCAUUUAAAUCACUGAAUGAGGAAAAAGAGAUUUAUAAUUUAAAAUAAAAAAACGUGAGACUCUCAUUUUCAAUUCUCUCUGUGUGUAAUAUCGCACCGCACCCAUUUUACUGGACGUGUCAGAUAUAUCUGUUGAACCCGUUGAACCCCAAAGUACCCUUGAGGGUUCAUUUUCAAUGUACAUAUGU